AUGUUGCGCGGAGACAUGGGUUACUUGAUACCAAGUGGAUUUGUAGUCUUCGCACCCAACAACGUACAGAUUCAUCCGAGCGUGACAGGUGGUAUCUCGGAAGGGGAAGUCAUCUCCCUGACAUGUGCCGUCGCUGUAUCCCAUCCACCUGCCACAGUUCGAUGGUUUGAAUUUCCCCCAGAUUCUGGGGAAGAGGCUGGAUCUGGACGGGAAAUCACUGACCUCGCCCAAAUUGACAUGACAUCUGGUGAAUAUGGUGGGAUGUUGGUAGACAGCACCUUGAGAGUCUCCAAGACGUUUCGUGCCAACUCCAGGACUGAGUAUCGUUGUGUCGUGAAUCAGGACGCUCUUAAAAGUUCAGUCAUCGCUAAAUACAAAUUAAACAUUCUCUAUCCACCGGCGAUUGAAAUAGUGGGCCUCCCUAAUGACCCAAGCGAAGGGCAAUCUGUCACUCUUUCCUGCCUUUCACAUGGAGGGAUGCCUGAAAAUGGCUUUCUUUUCUCUUGGUGGCACGCGAAGAAUAUCCAGUUUCCACCUUCAAGUGGUAUAAAUAGUCCAUCAAAUUUAAGACAAGAACUUUCGCCAGUUCUGGCUAAGUCACUGGUGGCUUCGCUGAACACUUCAACUCUGACUGAUAUCUUCUCGACUGAUAUGGUUCAAAUUUCAGGUAAUACAGGUCGUCAUUUGGUGCUUGACAAUCUUGAAGAUGAACAGGAUGGAUGGUACGGCUGCCAGAUUGUUAAUGGCGGGGGAACUGCUCAAAGUCUUUACCUUCUACUUAUUAAUUUUGCCCCACGGAUCCACCCUAGUACAAAAUUUAUUCAAUAUGCUCACAGAGGAAUGAAAGCCGAGUUCUCACUUACAGUAGAAGCUAGGCCAACUACAGCGGAGUUUAUGUGGUUUUGGAUAGGAGAUGAGCCUGCUUUAGCUAAUAAUGCAAGAAACUUAAUCAUAACACAGUCUUCGACUUCACGAUCAAAGCUAAGGAAUCGAAGGUCGAUAGCGCCUCUAAAAUCUAUUUCAACCUCAGUUUCUCCUUGGAUUAAUCGAGUCAAACAGACCUCAAGCACAUCUAAUGACGGCAAAAUGACAUUCACCUUGACAUUUAGAGAGGUGAUAGAAGCUGAUUAUGGCCUCUAUAUGUGUCAAGUUAAUCACAAGGCUGGCAACCGCGAAUUCUAUUUUGAGCUUAAACGUCAAUCUGAUGCCAAGGGGAUAAAUCCAGAUACCAUCCAAAUCACCGGAGAAGGAAGAAAAGUUCGAGUAGAAUUUGAGCCUCCAAAUAGUCAGUUCUACUCACGAAUAGUCCUUCGUAUUUGUCUACCUUCAAUAAGCGCACAUGGUGGCGCAGGAAAGAGUAUAAGACCUUCAGGAGAGCUUGUUUUUUUGCGACCGGUCAAAGAUCCCUCAGGUAGUAGUUCUCUGGUAUCCUCAGGAAAUAUAGGAACUCCUUCUUCGGGUGGAGUUGAAGAGUGUGGUGACUAUGAGAUCACAUUUGCGGAGCUUGGGUUCCUUCAAUUGGAACUCGAUCGACCAAUUGCGGAAUAUACUUUUCAAUUUCUUGUCUACCAAGAUGGUCAGCUUCGACAAAUCACUCGACAAGUCAAGUGGAAUGGUGGUAAUCGACCAUCUACUCCCACAUCAUCAAAGCCGUUGGUUCAAGUAAUCAUUGGAAUCCUGAUAACAUUACUCGUUAUAUGUCUUACCGCCUUCUUGAUCUAUUACUUCUGUUCCUGUUUCAAAAGAAAAAGCAUGAAGAAAUUGGCUCCGGCAACAAGUAAUGGUCUUCUUCACAAUGCCAGGACCUACCAGACGCUGGAUUCCGGCAAGACAUUUGGCUCGCAGCCAUCGGGUCCAGGAUCAAUAAGUGCGGAUAUAGGUUUGUUGCACCCCGCCUAUGCCCGGCAGUCUAUAGGAUCGGCCUCCCUACAAACUGGACCAUUGCCCACGCUUUCUAUAGCAAGUUCAAUCAAUGAAGACAAUGAAAAUCGUCGAACACCAGCGAGCUCAUGCCAAUCGGCCAAAGGCUUUUACUCACCUCAGCAGCCCGGUGCUAGUCACAUGACGAAUUCGGCUCAUCAGUUGUUGGGAGGUGGCUUUCAUCCCAUACAGAAUGCUGAUAUGUGCGAGAGUCCUAGCAAUGUUAGCCAUGUCUCAGCACUGACUCAACGCAUCCUGUCAGAAGUCUACAUUGCAGCAGCAAAAGCGGCAUCGAUGGCGGUGAGUGAAUCGAUCGCCAGUGGCAGCAUGGACGCUAUGAACCAGACGGGUGGUGGUACUGGCACGUAUCGACCAAGUUCGCACUACGCUGAGUCGGUCUCAAUGAUUGGUGGAAGUAUCUCGGGUAUUGACGGUCUUGGAAUGUAUCAAGUACCCUCAGCGAACGGAAUGGCUCGAAUGCGAAAGUCACCACGCACGGUGACCCCAACUUAUCAAAGUCAUCUGACAGCCCAAUCUCCAGCCUCCUCAGCGGCCACUCCCUACAUGACCCGACCAAGAAUACUCUCCCCCGCAGGGUCAGGGCUGGGGUGGGCAUCCCCAAUGCUUACUCCACAGGCUACUAUGCGACUCAAUGAGGCUGCAAGUGCUCUAGCCGCUGCGGCAGCGGCAGCGGUUUUGGAAGCAACCGGUGCCACACCAAAUCUAAAUGAGGCUCAAGGCGGUGCCAAUGGAACUGUGAAUUCCCAUCGAUCGCGAUUCAGUGGAAAUACUGGUGCGGGUGGAGGCGGGACUAAUGGAGGACUGGCUACCAGUAGUGAAGAUGGCGAAAGUGUCUCCUCAAAUUCAUUCUUCUCCCGGAAUCCCAAUGGCAAACCUUCAAGCCAAGAACCUAUUUCAAAGCGGAAAAAACUGGCUCAAGAUUCGCGCAAAGGACCUCUACCCAACCCUUUAACAGAAGGUCUCCUCCCAAUGUUGUCUGUCCCUAAUAAUAUCUCACCUAAUUAUCUACAGACAAUUGGUCCUCAUAGUGUUCGAACCUCCUCAACUGAACUUUCAACUUUCUUACCUUCCAUAUCGUUGGACGGGUCAUGGAAUCAGAACUUCCAGCCAAUCCGCAAUCCUAGAACUGGCGAAGAAGCAAAAUUCAGUCCAUUCCCCGAGUCUCAAAGUCAGGCUGAAAUGUCCUCAACUUUUGAUAAGACACCCACUCCAUCAGCUAGACACCCAGCACCAAUAAUUACCUCCCAAGGUCCUUCUAGUUCCGGCAGUUUCAUGACCAUCGAUGGAACUACUACUUCUAAUAACACCAUAAGGGAAAAUGAUGUUGGUUCGGUGAGUGCAAAAUCUCAAGCCCAAAAUGAACUCUCAUCUUCUCAGUCCGUUAACCCUACCCCUAGCGAAUCGCAGAAGUGA